GGGAUAAGCCUCUGUCUUAAAAAUGUCAAAACAGCCAGCGUCACAUGUCAGAGCCAUUCAGGCUAAUAUUAACAUCCCAAUGGGAGCAUUUCGACCUGGUGCAGGCCACCCUCAUAAAAGAAAAGAACUUACACCUGAAGAAGUGGAGGAGAGUGUUCCUGCUUCGACAGAGGAGGAGAAAGACAAGAAACAUCUCCCAGGAGCAAAGAAACUUCCAGGUCCUGCUGUCAACUUGUCAGAGAUUCAGAACAUAAAGAGUGAGCUGAAAUUUGUCCCCAAAGCUGAACAGUAGCUGGAACAAGCAGGUCUGACAAGAGAAACUGAAUGGAUUCAAUGAAUGGAGAGAAUUUGAAAUAUUUUAUAUAUUUGUAUGAAGACUAUGAACUUCCUAACUCUGCAGUACCCCAUAUGA